AUCUGUUCAAGGUCCCUCUUAUAGUUGCUAUUAAUUCCCACCUCUAACUGUCUCAAUUCGUACCAACAUCCGUUGGCUUCUCUUAAUUUUAUCUCAAUAAUCUAAUCGACUAUGAAUUAUUACCUUGGUUAAUGCAGUGAAAAUGACAGUUUCCGUUGAGAAACCCAAUGUCACUCAAGCCAAGAGUGCCGAGCAGGCGCAGCCUGACGCAAAUAAAUUGGUAUCGAAUGACCAAUUUACAGUGCCUCAAAACAAUGCUUUUGGAAACACAUUUAGGGAUUAUGAAGUAGGUGCAAGGACUGACAAAGUAGAGCAACACUACAAAGCUAGCCAUAUCAACCAAACAUAUGAUUUCGUGAAGAAGAUCAGGGAAGAAUACAAGAAGCUUAAUAAGGCAGAAAUGGGAAUUUGGGAAUGCUGUGAGCUCCUCAAUGAGGUUGUUGAUGACAGUGAUCCCGACUUAGAUGAACCACAAAUUCAGCAUUUGUUGCAGAGUGCUGAAGCAAUCAGAAAAGACUAUCCUAAUGAAGACUGGUUGCAUUUGACAGCACUCAUUCAUGAUCUUGGAAAGAUCCUUGUUCUUCCAAAAUUUGGUGAGCUACCUCAAUGGGCUGUUGUUGGUGACACUUUCCCUGUUGGAUGUGCUUUUGAUGAGUUCAAUGUCCAUUACAAGUAUUUUAAGGAGAACCCUGAUUUCAAAAACCCCAAAUACAACACCAAUAAUGGGGUUUACUCUGAAGGAUGUGGACUGGACAAUCUGCUUAUGUCAUGGGGACAUGAUGAUUACAUGUACAUGGUGGCUAAAGAAAACGGGACCACAUUGCCACAGGCAGGAUUGUUCAUCAUCAGAUACCAUUCCUUCUACCCAUUGCACAAGCAUGGAGCUUAUGCCCAGUUCAUCAAUGAGGAGGAUAAGAAGAACAUGAAAUGGCUUCAUGUUUUCAACAAAUAUGACUUGUACAGCAAGAGCAAAGCUCACGUUGAUGUUGAAAAGGUCAAGCCAUAUUAUGAAUCCCUCAUUGCCAAGUAUUUCCCAGCAAAGCUGAAAUGGUGAAAGUUCCCAAAUGCACGAACAAUGGCGUGCUGCGGCUGCAAUGCUAAUAGAGUAAUAGUCCUGAUUCUUUGUAGAUAUAGAGAGAAGUCGACUAUAAUGUGUAUAUAUAUGAAGCAAUUAAUACAACAACACAUUCUUUUGAUUCAAA